AGUCAUGAUAUGGAUGCGCGGUGGGGAUUGGACUUCACCCGAAUCCAUAGAGAGGUAAGGGGAAGAGAAGAGCUGUCAUAUCAAAAUGUAUAGGAAAUAGUGUUGUGCGCAAAAUAUUGUAUCUACAUUGACUCGUGUCAGUUAAGUUUUUGUGUUAGUCCACCUUCUGCACCAGUGAGUGUAAAGGCAGGCUACGUAUAGAUCGAAUCGAUUUCGUUAUACAGAUAUUUUUGUUAACUUUGAACUUGGAUCAGCUGAAUCAUGAGAUCCAUUAUCCUCGCAGUUUUCUUCGUAUGUGCCAUCGGCCUGGCCUCGCCAGCCUUACAAUGUUCCCACAAAGAACUGGAUAUUCCCAAAGAUUGGAUAGACAUGGACCAACUCUGUAUCCAAAAAAUGAGAGGUCAAGUGGAAGAGGAACUGAAAGCUGCCAUGCAGUACAUGGCAAUGGGUGCUCAUUUCUCCAAAGAUACUGUUAACAGGCCUGGUUUUGCUGAUAUGUUCUUCAAAUCGGCAAGUGAAGAAAGAGAACACGCCAUCAAACUUAUCUCCUACCUGCUCAUGAGAGGAGAACUCACUUCCAAAGUUAGCAGUCUCAUCAAGAGAAAUCUUAUGCCAGCCCAAACAACUUGGAUCAACGGAGUCAGUGCAUUGAAAGAUGCUCUCAGAUUAGAAGCUUCUGUAACCAGGAAAAUCCGUGAUGUCAUCAAAGUAUGUGAGGGAGCAACUUCUUAUAAUGACUAUCAUCUUGUUGAUUACCUUACUGGAGACUUCUUAGAAGAACAGUAUCAUGGUCAACGUGACAUCGCCGGAAAAGUUUCUACUCUGGAAAAGAUGACGGAGAAACAUGGCGCCCUUGGAGAAUGGCUGUUUGAUAAGAAGCUCCUCAAGGGAGAGUUGUAAUUUUAACAUUUGAAAUUUAAUAUUUGUUCAACCAUCUAGAAAUAGUUCAUUGCCAAUGUUGAAUACCUUACAUACCACUUGUGAUAUAUUUACUAUUUCAUUUUGUAUUGAUUUUCUAGUUAUGUUUGAGUAGUGUUUAAGUGGAACAUUAAUGAGAUAAAAAAAGUUUUGUGAUUCAAUAAAGUUGAUUAUUUUAAUGA